AAAUGCAUGAUUCUUCAAAUCUUCUAGAAGAGGGCAAGAAAAUGUGAUGCUUGUCAGUUGAGGUUUGCACCAAUAUUAAUAAUUUCUUUUCUUCUUUUUCUUUUCCGGUCCAUCACCUGCUCCUCUUCACUCCCAAACAGCUCUCAACUACGAGAAUGUGGUGGAGACCGGAUCGGAGACGGAGGAGGACGACAAGCUGCCGGUGUCCGAGGAGGACCCGCUGAUCAACGGCACGGGCAGCCCGGCCAGCCUCACCAACCCGGACGCCUCGCCGCGAGCCGAGAGCCAGGGCCUGCUGAGCAAGGAGGAGGAGGACGACGAGAUGCGGGACAGCGGCGUGGAGCACAUCUGGCCCGACAACGACAUGCUGAGCGCCUCGGUGGACGGUACUGAUGAAAUGAAAGAUGAUUUCGACGCCCUGGGGUCCGAUGCCGCGAUGCAGGCGGUUGGAAACGGUACAGUCAAGAGCGUUGAUUGCACUUCGGAGUUCGAGGACUUCUUCAGCAAGCGGAAGCUGGACGACGGCGACAGCCACGUGGUGAGCAUCGCCGAGUACCUGCAGCGCGGCGACACCGCCAUCAUCUACCCGGAGGCGCCGGAGGAGCUGUCCCGCCUCGGGACGCCGGAGGCCACCGGUCCGGAGGAGAACGACCUGCCACCUGGAACGCCAGAUGCCUUCGCCCAACUGUUGACCUGCCCCUACUGCGAUCGGGGCUACAAGCGUUUGACUUCGCUGAAGGAGCACAUCAAGUACCGCCAUGAGAAGAAUGAGGAGAACUUCGCCUGCCCCCUGUGCAACUACACGUUUGCUUACCGCACUCAGCUUGAGAGGCAUAUGGCCACACACAAGCCUGCGAGGGAUCAGCACCAACUGCUGAACCAAGCAGCCGGCAACCGCAAGUUCAAAUGCACCGAAUGUGGCAAGGCCUUCAAAUACAAGCACCAUCUGAAAGAACACCUCCGGAUUCAUAGCGGUGAAAAACCAUACGAGUGUCCCAAUUGCAAGAAGCGUUUCUCCCACUCUGGCUCUUACAGUUCCCACAUUAGCAGCAAGAAGUGCAUUGGACUGAUCGCUGUCAAUGGCAGGAUGCGCAGCAACAUGAAGAACGGCUCCUCUCCCACCUCAGCCUCCUCUUCGCCCACCAACUCCGCGAUCACCCAGCUACGGCAGAAGCUGGAGAACGGGAAGCCACUAGGCCUGCCUGAACACAACAACCACUUGCACAUCAAGACAGAGCCACUGGACUUCAACGACUACAAGCUGAUGAUGGCAUCACAUGGAUUUGGGGCUCCUGGACCGUUCAUCAAUGGCGGCAUGGGAGGAAACAGCCCGCUGGGAGUCCACCACAACUCAGCAGCACAGAGCCCUUUGCAGCAUCUUGGGAUUGCCGGCCUGGAAUCUCAGCUCCUGGGUUAUCCAGGGCCGCUGGCGAACAACUUGAGCGAGGUACAGAAGGUUCUUCAGAUCGUGGACAACACUGUGUGCAGGCAGAAAAUGGACUGCAAACCAGAGGAGCUGUCUAAGCUUAAGGCCUACAUGAAGGAUCUGGGCUCCCAAGUUGAAGAGCAAAAACAGGCGCUGACAUCACCAGGGGGGACUCAGGUUAGUCUUCCACUCGUCAAUCACAAUGGCGCCACCAAAAGCAUCAUUGACUACACCUUAGAAAAAGUGAACGAAGCCAAAGCCUGCCUCCAGAGCUUGACAACAGACUCAAAGAGACAGAUUAGCAAUAUCAAACGGGAGAAGUCCAACCACAUGCUUGAAGGAAGCGUGGAUGAGAAGAUGCAGGAGAACAUGUUUACACCCUACGCUUGCCAAUAUUGCAAAGAAACCUUUCCUGGGCCAAUACCGUUGCAUCAGCACGAACGCUACCUGUGCAAAAUGAAUGAAGAGAUCAAAGCCGUGCUGCAGCCCAGUGAGAAUUUGAUGGCCAACAAACCUGCCAUAUUCAUGGAGAAGAACACCCACAUAUCCUCCUCCAUGUUGUCUGAGAAGGGACUUACUGGGCCACUUAACCCCUACAGGGACCACAUGUCUGUGCUAAAGGCGUAUUUUGCCAUGAACAUGGAGCCCAACUCGGAGGAGCUGCUCAAGAUUUCCAUAGCAGUCGGCCUUCCUCAGGAAUUUGUCAAGGAGUGGUUCGAGCAGCGGAAGAUGUAUCAGUACGGCACUACCAGAACCCCACCGCUAGAGCACAGGAACAACACAGAGAUGGUUGUUGGUACAAAUAACCACCACACGCCACCAAAAGACUCCAUGGCAGCUAGGUCACCUGUGUCUCUGAUCAAACCUACUGACCGUAUCACCUCCCCCUCCAUAGCGGAGCUCCACAACAACGUUAACAACUGUGACAACUCACUCAGACAUUUGAAAAGCCAAUUCAGUGGCAGCACCAAACCCACGGGUGAAAAGUUGGACCACUCUCGCAGCAACACUCCUUCGCCACUAAAUCUGUCCUCUACGUCAUCCAAAAACUCUCACAGCAGCUCCUACACUCCAAACAGCUUGACUUCAGAAGACCUGCAGGCUGAGCCACUGGACCUCUCUCUGCCAAGACUCAUGAAGGAACCCAAGCACGCACUGACAGUCAAGAGCAGACCUAAAGUCAACAACGUUACCAUUGACCAUAGCAGCAUCCCUUCUCCACGAGAGCACUUCGAAGAGCCUUUGAAUUUGGCCUAUCUCAAGAAGGAUUUCUCAGGCUCCACCAACAAUGGGAACCUUGAAAAAAGCACUAGCCCCAUUUUUGGCAUUAAUCCAUUUGCUGCCAAACCCUUGUACACGUCACUUCCACCUCAAAGCGCUUUUCCACCCGCCACAUUCAUGCCCCCAAUGCAGGCCAGCAUACCAGGUCUUAGGCCCUAUCCGGGCAUGGACCAAAUGGGCUUCCUACCACACAUGGCCUACACUUAUGCAGCAGGGGCAGCUACCUUUGCAGAGAUGCAGCAGAGAAGAAAGUACCAGCGAAAACCAGGUUUCCAGGGGGACCUGCUUGACGGUACACCCGACUACAUGUCAGGGCUGGACGACAUGACAGACCCCGACUCCUGUCUGUCGCGGAAGAAGAUUAAGAAGACCGAAAGUGGUAUGUACGCGUGUGACUUGUGCGACAAAACAUUCCAGAAGAGCAGUUCCCUUCUAAGACACAAAUAUGAACACACAGGCAAGAGGCCACACCAGUGCCAGAUCUGCAAGAAAGCCUUCAAACACAAACACCAUCUCAUCGAGCACUCUCGGCUGCACUCGGGGGAGAAGCCCUACCAGUGCGACAAGUGUGGGAAGAGGUUCUCCCAUUCGGGCUCCUACUCGCAGCACAUGAACCACCGCUACUCCUACUGCAAGCGGGAGGCAGAGGAGCGGGAGGCGGCCGAGAGGGAAGCCCGCGAGAAGGGCCACCUGGAGCCCACGGAGCUGCUGAUGAGCAGGGCGUACUUGCAGGGCAUUACUCCUCAGGGCUACCCGGAGCUGGCCGAGCGCGAGGCCAUCCUGAGGCACGACGCCGUGAACGGAGGGAUCAGAGAGGGACGCAAGGAAGUAGACGGAACGUACGCGAAGAUCGGUCGGAGGGAGGACGAGUUUGAGGAAGAGGAGGAGGAGAGCAAGAGCAUGGACACGGACCCGGACACACUGAGGGACGAUGAGGAGAACGGGGAGCACUCGAUGGACGAUAGCUCGCUGGACGGCAAAACGGAAACCAAAUCAGAUCACGAGGACGCGAUUGAGGACGGCAUGUAAUAGGUGAAACGCUUCCCAUCUUAAAACGUUUUAAGUUUGUCUCUUUGAGUUCAGUAUUCUUACCGACUCGGUUUAAAACACACGCUGUGUUUUGAGCUGUACGUGCACGUGCCUGAAGCUUCCGGGAAGCUUUCUUCGACAGACUCCUCAACGUGGGGGAGGUGGGACGAUGUCUGCCGAACAAGACAUGGACACAAAAAUCAAUCUGGAGGAGGCAUUGAGGGAAGGGAGGCAUGGGUUUGUGAAAUAAGCUGCAUUAUGCAAACCGAACUAUUAAUAAAUGAAUACAUUUCAAAAAAAAUGUACAGUACUAAGGCCUAAAAAUAUGUGUGGUGCUAACCUCCUCAAAUAAACCCCCUGUGUUCCAUAGUAUUUAUAGCACAACUAGUGACUUGUACAAAUUGCACUCCGCUUCUAUAGUCAUGAACAAAAAUAAUAAAAAGUAUCGCCUAUGUAUAUAUUUAUACAGUGUUGGAAAAGAGCAGUAGUGUCUGCACUACAGUCCUUCGAUAUUACCUUCGUUAUCACCUACCUACCUGCAGUGUUGUCUUUAGUUUUGCCAUGUUGCCCGGACUCCACCAUCUCCAGCCACACUGUUUUAGGCCUCUUUAAUCGACUUCACAUGAAGGAAUUUCACCAGACGGAGCUUCGAGGGUUUUGUUUUUUUGAGAUGAAGAGACCUUGUUUUAAGGGAAAAUACAGUUUAUGGACAAGUGGUAUGUUGGAAAAAAAAGAAGGACAAAGCCUUUGUAAGGUGUUUUUGAUAAGAAAAAAGAAGCCUUAUAUGCAAACCUUUUAACCUGUGUGUUUUCUGCAAGUGCCACCCUCGUAUUGUGUAAAAGGAAGGUUACUUUUUUCACCAGCUUCAGUAUUAUAACAUGGUUCACCGUUGUUCUUUGAAGCACCUGUGUCAGUAUUAAGACUUAUAGGCAGCAGUUCCUUAGUUUACAUUAUGUUGUGCAAUGUUUUCUCAGUUUCUUUUCUUUUUACUUCGUCAGUAUUACACCAAACCAUUUUUUUUGAAAACAACCAAUUGCAUUCAUUUUAUUUGUAGGUUGAUAAAAACAUUAUUUAUGUGGCCCAUUUGAUAUUUCCUAAUUUUAUUUAUUUCCUACUGUUGUGUACAGUACUAUAGUUCUUCAAUAUAUAGAUAUAUUUUAGUAAAAAGGAACAUGGUGUCAAUCAUAGGGGCAAAUUUUACGUAAAGAGAACAUUUAUUGUGUUUUGAAACAUUGUGAAAUGCGAAGUUUAAUCUUAUUUUAUUUCCUUUAUUUUCCAUUUACUGGAAAAUUCCAAAUUUGGGAACUUUUAUACAAUUGUGAAAACACUGUAUUUUCGACUGAAAAAAUUCCACUUUCUUCAUCUUUGUUUCUUUUUUUAAGCUAAAAAAUGAAGAGGGACUGUUAAAUACUAUGUAUGAUAUCAUGACUGAAGAAGAAUCUUUCCUGAAAUGUCUUUGUAAAAGUAUUAUUGAAUUCUUAAUUUGUAAUUUCUCUUGAAAAUGACCCUGCUCGAAUAAAAGUAGCCAAAUUACAGAGUACCAAA